AUGACUUCUGUUCAGGAGUCAACACCUGAACAAGAGAAAAUAUCUGUACAAGAGGCAAGAGCUAAGCUAAGAGAAUCUUUUCUGAAAGCUAUUAGUGAAUUAAGAGGAGAGUCAUGUAAUAUUAUUACAUAUGAACAGUCUACUCUUGAAGCAAAAUUUUCAGGUUGGAAACCUGAUAGUUCUGAAAUACUGGUUAGUGAUCUGAAAACUCCAGCUAAUAUUAUUAUACCAUCUGCCUUACUGAGAACACCUGAUGUUUUAGCAAUAAAUUUUGAUAAACCAUUAGAAUUAUCA